GUCGGAAGUCGUUCUUGAACAAGAGCAUAAAUGCCCAUUUGGACGAAUCUAGAGCGCGAUUAUGGGGGGAUGUCGAUUGAGCGUCGCUUUUGAAUGUGACUCGCUAUGGUCGUUUUUUGUUUUCUUCGGACACGCUUUUGGCCAGGGCCCACUGCGUCACUGAACUCACGAGACAGGUCAUUCUGUCCCAAAUCUGCGACAGACUCCUGCUCGCUCCUGCUCGCUCCCAGCGUUUGGCUCGCGUGUGAAGCACCAUCGGCGCAGCCUCGCGCCUCGCGCCUCGUCAUGGACAGGUCCGAAGCGGAUGAUGCCUCCGAUGCCUCAGAGGUCGAAGAGCGCAAGACGGACCCGGCGGAAAUCAUUCGCGCGGAGACGGAUUGGAUCAACGACAUCGAGGAUGAGAUGGGCAGUGACGUCGCCGAGAAGAACAAAGCACUUGAGGUCUUCAAUGAGAGUCAUGCCUUUGGUGAGUCGAUGGGUCUUUUGCAGUUGUCUCAACCGGAAAUCGUUGUUCUACGAAAAUCCUUUGAAUUGUUGACGGCUGCUCUUGGAACCGACAAGGAGAUGGUAGGUGAUGCUAUCUAUGGGGUUCUUCUUGGAGCCCUGGUGGCCAUCAAGGACAAAUUCUCGACACCACGCUCUGUCAUGUCCAUGCGCAUGUACAAUAGCUUUCGAUGGAUGGUGGACAAGUGUGAUGAUCAAGAGCUCUUGAAGAGUUAUGUCGAGGGCUUGGCCUUCAAACAUUUGGGCAUCGACGUCACGGAAGCUCGUGUGGACUCCUUCAAGGAUGCCUUCUCCGAACUACUUCAGCAGAAUGUGCCCGAAGCCCCACCCGGCAGUGUGGCUGCAUGGCGUCAACUUCUAAGCUACACGGGGUCCUCCUACAGUUUUGUCAGUGCCAGCUAUGGAGAACGGCUUCGUGUGAUUCAUGAGGAUUGGAAUUCAGUUCAGACCAAUGCAGAGGACGAGGAUGAGACCGUUGUACGAAGCUUCCCCAAGAUGUGUGCCUUCAGCAAUGAAGUCAUGGGACAAGAGACGGAGGCUUGGAUGGAAGAGCUCCUACAAGUUUUUGAAGUCUUAGUGGAGAAGAUUUCCAGCCCCUCAUUGUUGCAAGAAGAGUGCGAACUGUUGGCAAUCAGCAUGAUCACCAAGUCCAAAGAUAUCGAUUUUGAGAGGUUUAAGCCUGUGAUGAUGGCUGCCCUCCGGUCUUUGCUCCCUAAGACCUGGAGCACAGCCCAUGAGACAGCUUGGGAAUGGUUAUGGGCCACGAUCUCCCAGAAUCUCCAGGAGGCAACCAUGAAAGCUCGAGCUUUCAAACCUUACAACGCACAUCUCUUCUCGGUCUUAGGGGAAGAGCAGUUGGAGCACUUCCGGAAUACCAUCUACGUUGAUUUCUUUUCCAAGUGCGCUGCCUCUCAAGACCUCUUCAAACAAUCUCAAACGCGCUUGCGGUAUAUUGCCGAUCGAGUCUUGCAGAGCUCCUACGACAUGUUCCACAAGCCCAAGGACGAAAUGGUGGACGACUUAUCGGCUUUGGGUCUUCGUCAUGUGGGUUACGGGGUUCCCAUCGAGCUCUUCGGGCCUUUCACCGACUCCUGCGUGGAGGUGAUGAAGCCCUUGAUCGAAGCCUUGCCUACAGGUGAGUCCAGCAAGAUGAUUCUUUGCCCCGCCGACCGAGCACAUGAGCUGCCCGAGUGCGAGCUCUCGAAGCAUUUGACCUUGGAAGGCUUCCGCUGGUCCAUCGGCUUGGUGAGCCGCGUUUUGGUGAGGACCAUCAUCGAGGGCUCCACCGCUGUGAUGCAGGCCAUCCAUCAGGAUGAUUCGAAGCGAUUGCGGCGAGCUUUGCGCGAAGCACCACGGAGUGAACGCUUCACUUGGCAGCUGAGCAUUCGCGUUGGGAGCCAAUCCAUCUCGCCACUCUAUUGGGCACUGAGGAGUGGUGCACACAGCGUGGCCAAGACAGUGAUUCAAGAUGUGCUCACCAUCCGAGCAGACCGAGACCGUUAUUACUAUGGCGUGAAUGACCUAUUCCGACUUCAGCCUGACGUAGUGGAGAACAUUUUGCGUGAAGCACCCCACUUGGCCGAGAUCCUCUUGGAUGGUCUCAUUUGGCGUUCUCAUAAGACGCAGGAUGGCUGGCGCCCAGUGAUCUACUACCUCGAACAUAUGUUACAAGAUAUGGAUGAGAACAAGAUGAUCUCAAGGGCUUUGAAGAGCUUGGUGAGAUUCAACCAUCCCAAGACCAUUAUGCACCCCAUCUUGACCUUCACGCUCGACCUCCUUUGGGACAAAUUGGCCAUGCGUUUUUUUGUCUCAGACAGGAUACUAACACUCAUCAACUUUUUGAUUUUUCUCUUAUCGGGAUGCUACCUCAAUCAACUGGAGAUGGAAGAUGCCAGAGCUUCGGCGGUGAUUCUGGCCUGUGCCAGGGCGCUUGUCUACUUCUUGGGAUUUGGCAAACUACUCUAUUCGCACACGCUACACAUUUACAAGUCCCUCAGGGACGGGACAUUCAAAAAAGUGUGUGGCGUGGAUGUCCCACAAUAUUUGACGCAGGGGCCAGAAUUCUUAAGCUUUUUGCUCAUGCUCGACAUGAUUUGCAUGAUUGUCUUUGAGCCGAUGAUUCGAUGCUUGGGCUCGGAAGAGGUCAUUGCCUUUAAGUGCACUGACUUGACAGGUGAUAUUCUAUUCGCCUACGAAGUCUUUGUAAUUGUGGGGAUCUUCAUCUACACCAUUUUGGUCUUGGAAGUUGGUAGCAUUUCCAUCAAGCUCUCGGAGUAUCGGGUCCUUUGCCUACACGCAAUUGAGCAAGUGGUGCUGUGUGUUGGAGCAGUAUUCAUUGCAGUUUGCACCUUCUCCUUUGCAAUGGCAGCAGCAACACAUGAGGUAGGACAACUCUCAGCUCAUGAGUGGAGCAACAUGGGGUCAACCAUGGGCACCUUGGUUCAGAUGUGUGCCGGUGUGAUGGAUCUACAAGUCCUUCAUAGCCUUGGCGAUGAGAGUCCUUUCCUCCUGAUCCUUGUGGUGGUCUUCAUGUUGCUGGUGUACAGUUUUCUCUUCAACUUGCUGGUCUCCCAGUUCUGUGGCGUCUACAGCUCGCUGGCGGCCGACAUCAAGGGAUACGCGCGAUUGGCGCGUGGAAAGAUCAUCCUGGAUACCUUGAAGGAUAUCCAACCAAAGCGAUGGAAAGGCUUCAUUGGUGCUUUGGCAUUGGAUCGUCGGGUGGACUUCGAAGAAGGGGAUUUGGGCUUGGCGGGCGGCAUCAAGACCAUGGAAGCCGCAUUGGAGCACCCGGUGCCUAAAGAGCAAAUCUUGCGCUUCGGUGGAAGACCAGAUCCCUCCUUGCCCUGGCCGGAGAAGAAAGGACACGAGGACGAAAGUGGAGUUGCACUUUGGCAACUUUAGUGAAC